AUCGAACUGUAUUUUGACAAAUUAUGCUUGAUGUCGUUUUGGCUUAUUGGGGCCAAAUCCAAAUUUGCACGCGGCCCAGCAUCCAUGGCGACAUCCUUUGGCGAUGUCCGAGUGCUUGGGCAUCUUACGGAAGAGUACGCGCAGAUCUUGACCCCGGAUUCGCUCCGAUUCGUGGCCUACCUCCAUGAUACCUUUGAACCCCGUCGUCAGGCGCUGCUGCAGGAUCGCGUCGCACGCCAAACCCAGCUCGAUGCAGGUGUUCUCCCGACAUUCCUGCCCCAAACAAAGUACAUCCGUGACGGCAACUGGCAUGUUGCGAGCAUUCCCAAGGACCUAGAAGACCGACGCGUGGAGAUCACGGGGCCAGUGGACCGUAAGAUGGUGAUCAAUGGGCUCAACUCGGGCGCCAAGUGCUACAUGGCUGACUUGGAGGACUCGAGCGCCCCCACGUGGGCGACGGUGGUGUCGGGCCAGAUCAACCUCCGCGAUGCAGUGCGUCGCACGAUCACGUACGAGCAACCUGGGACGGGGAAGCAGUACGCGUUGAACGCGUCGACGGCGACGUUGCUCGUCCGGCCGCGGGGGUGGCAUCUCGACGAAGCGCACAUGACGGUCCGUGGCGCCGUCGUCUCUGGCAGUCUGUUCGACUUUGGUCUGUUCUUCUUCCACAACGUGCACGAGCUUCGCCUCCGCGGGUCUGCGCCGUACUUCUACCUCCCCAAGCUCGAAGGCCACCUCGAGGCGCGGCUUUGGAACGAUGUGUUUGUCGCUGCGCAGCAGUACUUGGCGGUUCCUGUCGGCACGAUUCGCGCGACAGUCCUCAUCGAGACGCUCUUGGCCGGGUACGAAAUGGACGAAAUCCUGUUUGAGCUCAAGGAGCACUCGAGCGGACUCAACUGCGGCCGCUGGGACUACAUCUUUUCGUUCAUCAAAAAGUUACGCGCCCAUGCGUCGUAUGUACUUCCGGAUCGGUCGGCCGUCGGCAUGACGGCUCCGUUCAUGGCGUCGUACGUAAAGCUCCUCAUUGAGACGUGCCACCGCCGCGGCGCGCACGCGAUGGGCGGGAUGGCUGCGCAGAUCCCCGUCAAGAACGACCCCGCCCUCAACGACCGCGUCAUGGCGGCGGUGCGCGAGGACAAGCUGCGCGAAGUCCGCGCGGGUCACGACGGUACGUGGGUGGCGCAUCCGGGGCUUGUGAGCGUGGCCAUGGACGUGUUCGACGCCCACAUGCCGACGCCCCAUCAGAUCGCCAAGAAGGGGGAGGACGUGUCCGUGCAGGGGGAGGACCUGCUGGAGGUGCCGACCGGCGGACGCAUCACGGUCCAGGGUUUGGAAGAGAACGUCGACGUUGCCCUCGUGUACACGGAAGCGUGGCUACGAGGAAUCGGAUGCAUUCCACUGCACAACAAGAUGGAGGAUGCUGCGACCGCCGAGAUUUCGCGGAGUCAAGUGUGGCAGUGGUUGCAUCACGGCCAGUCGGCAGAAUAUGAACAUGGAGAGAAAAAUGUCAUCACCAAGCCGUGGGUGUUGGAGAUCUUGGACGCGGCUGUGGCCCGCCACGUCACGACCACGUCCCCGCACAAGUUUGAGCUCGCGGCGGAGAUUGUGGGGAAAUCGCUUACCAGCGACAGUUUUGAGGACUUUCUCACGUUGCCGUGCUACCCUCACAUUACCUCGUUUGCGUAAACUCCCCUAUAUAAAAAGUAUAAUGGAGAUGAAACGAGUGCACUACGCAAACAAACGCU